GGUAUAGUGCCUACUGUUUCCACGCGUUCGGCGACUCCUACCGGUGCGCAAUCAGCAGCACUGGAGCACCAGGCGGUGAUGCGUCGCACCAACCGUUUCCAGUCCUUGGGAACGACAAGUAAAGACGGGCGUGUCGCGUGUGCUCCUCGAAUGGGCGACUACCCAGGGACUACUUUCGACGGUUUACGAACAGUCUCCCCCAGGACUGUCGCUGUGGACAUAGAAGCGACGGUGGCUUGUCAGCCGAACAACCGCUCCGCCGUAAUAGGUCAGACCAGACAGAACUGAAGACGAAAAAGACGCUUGGCACAUUUAUGAAAGUUGUGUCGUGUGGCCGUCAAGUGCUUGAGCUCGAUGUCUGGCAGGAGCGUCUCUGUCGGGUCGCAGCCGUUGGUUGCUGUACUCGGUUUACUGGCGGCGGUUCAAAUGCGCUUAAGAAAAAGCCGCAUCUGUGCAGGCAAUUCAAUCUCUGUGAGUCACUGUCGACAUGCAAAUGCGAAGCGUUGUGGUCAACUAUGAGAAGGGGUCAUUUUCCGAAUUGGCGCUCUGUGGCGGAAUGUUACAUGUGGGGCAACCCACGCGGUGUCCUCGACAAGGAAACAGUGAAUAAUCUAUCUGUCGGAUUGACCGACAUUUCGAGUAGAAGACUGACACGCAACCUCGCCUGGGAGGAGAAGACUGUACUGACGCAGGGGGGCCCUCGUCUGUCGCCCUGGCGUAACGAGCGGCCGUACCGUCCCGCUAGGUGGCAACCGCUGUGUGUUUCUUCGAUGAGACAAGGAUGGUAUUUUGGGGGCCGCCGUCCCUGUUACGUCUACUUAUCUCUCUACAUGCUUUGGUGCAAUGGCUGGGCGUCUUUCGCAGCAAACCACUCUCUAAGGCAGGAAUCAUAAUUGUGUGGUUUCGUUCGUCGCCCGAGCUGCAAGCUGUCACUGCCAGCCACACGCCAGGUGACGCAG